CAGCGAGCAGUGCCGCUUGGCUUCCCAUUCCCCCAAAACGUAAUGGCUGCUGCGGUCGUCGGGCUCUGGAGGGCGAAGCUCUCGCGACCCCUCCUCGGCACUCGGGGCGCCUUUGCAAGCGGCGGUGGCGGCGCCCCAAACGCACCAGGGCGGCAGCAGGCGGCAGAGCAGAAGCUUACUCGCACGUGGCAGCUGGAUGGCAUCAGGAACGUUGUUUUGAACAACCCUCUCAAAAGGAAUGCGCUUUCUCUUUCCAUGCUAAAGUCUCUCCGUGAGGACGUUCUCCACGAUAUUGAAAGCACUGACCUGCGAGUCAUUAUAAUUUCAGGCGUAGGGCCCGUUUUCUCCUCUGGGCAUGACUUGAAGGAACUGACACGCGAGGAUGGCAAGGAGCACCACAGGGAAGUCUUUCAGACCUGCUCGGAGCUCAUGACCCUGCUCCCCAAACUUCCUGUUCCUGUAAUCGCCAAGGUGAAUGGCCUUGCCACUGCAGCCGGCUGCCAGUUGGUGGCAAGCUGUGAUAUUGCCGUGGCCAGCGAGAAAUCCCGGUUUGCCACUCCUGGAGUCAACGUUGGUCUGUUCUGCUCCACCCCUGCAGUGGCUGUCGGGAGAUCUCUCCCUAGAAAGGUCGCGCUGGAGAUGCUGUUCACGGGAGAGCCUAUGACUGCUCAGGAUGCGCUUCUGCACGGGCUCGUCAGCAGGGUGGUACCAGAGGACAAGUUAGAAGACGAGACCCUGCGAAUCGCCCGCAGGAUAUGUGAGAGCAGCCGGUCCGUUUUGGCCCUUGGGAAAGCCACCUUUUACAAGCAGAUGGAGCAAGACGUCUGCUCCGCUUACAGAAUGACCUCCCAGGUCAUGGUGGACAACCUUGCCCUGAAGGAUGGGCAGGAGGGGAUCGAGGCCUUCAUCUCGAAACGCAAGCCUGCCUGGUCACAUUCCCUUAAGACGCCAUGGAAUAAACAUUUGUAGGCCCCAACUUGGGUCACAACCUUGCAGACAUGAAAGGGGCGAUGGGUAGGAUGGCAUUGAAAUGCUGCAGAGGACAUGUACAGGGUGUGUCAGAGUGUUCAGAGAAAAACAGCUGAUGUUCAGCCUUCUAGAAGGCCACAAGUAGAUAAGCUUAUGUGCAUGGCUUGGGCGUUCCUUUUCCAAGUAGUGGAAAUGUUUACGUGAUGACAGAAAAACGGUUUUUUGUAUGCCUUAGAAAUUUUGCUGUAAGAGUGACCUGAGAAUUGUCUGUGACAGAGAACUUUGGACUUACACUUGACUGAAAUAUCUCUCCAAGCGGCCGCUUGCUUUUUCUUGUUUUUGCUUUGCUUUGUUUUAGUAAUAAAGUAAGUGUACUGCCUUCAAGUCGAUCCCGACUUAUGGCGACCCUGUGAAUAGGGUUUUCAUGGUAAGCAGCAUUCAGAGGGGGUUUACCAUUGCCUUCCUCUGAGGCUGAGAGGCAGUGACUGGCCCAAGGUCACCCAGUGAGCUUCAUGGCUGUGUGGGGAUUAGAACCCUGGUCUCCCAGGUCAUAGUCCAGCACUUUAACCACUACACCACACUGGCUCUCUUGCUUAGUUUUACCUCGCUUUACUAAAUGUGCCUCUAGCAGAUCUUGCUAAUUCAAAAACAAUGCGAAGUUCUGUUUUCUUCCACGGUGCGCAUCAGCUUUAAGAGCCAUAGCGGGGGGGGGGGAGAGGUCUUGAAGUCAGCAUAGCUGGUGCCUUCUCUCUUUGAAAAUCUUGAGGACUAGUAUCUUGCUUCAAGCAAUCCCUCGAUUAUACAGUAGGUGCUGCUUCGAAAAGUGUGUGAUUGUGUGCUGUCUUUUUGCCCGCCCCAAAUGGCCAUCCGACACACACUGAUUUGUUAAUUAGCCAAGGUGCAGUAUCAUUCAGGAAAGCGUUGCUGAUUGUGAUAUCGCUAGAGAAAGUAGAUUGUAAUGCUGGCUGCUUUUGAUACGAUAGAUAAAAGGAUAUAAAGAGCUGGCUUUAAAAUUAGUCAGAGCAUGUAUCCUAUACCCUCACAGAUAGCAAAUCUCAAGCCUUAUUCUUCUGGCUCUGCUCCUUGAGGGUUUUUUUUUUUUUUUUUAACUGGAGGUGCUAGGGAUUGGACCUGGGUUUCUCCCCAUGCAAAGCAUGUGCCCUGCCACUAGGGUUUGUGUCCUGAGUCACACUCAGUGUUGUAGAACCUUCAAAGGGCAGCUGUUGUCAUGGCCCCAUCAGAGGACUCCUCAGAUGAGGACGACUCGGGAGUAACAGCAGCAGACCCAGGAGCAGCAGGAGACACGGAGGAGCCUCCUGAGAAUCCAGCUCCUUCUGCCCCUCAGCUGCAGAGCACCCCAGGGACAGCAGAGGCCCUGCAGCCAGACACAGACAGUGAACAGGAUACUCCCCCCUCACCUGCAGAACGUAGACAGCAGAAGGUCAGGCAGAAGAGAGGCAGGCCUGUCUCCUUAAGGCCCAAACGCUGAGGGCUCACACCUGCUGUCCAUCCUGCUCUUUAUAAGGCACACCUUGGCUGCAGCUUGUUGCUGACUGCAAUGUCAGGCGUGGCUUUGUGUAGACCUAGUUUCCCUGCAGCAUCUCUUUGACUGACCUCCUUGGCAAUUGAUCCCGGACCUCCACUGACCUCGCUUCUGGACUUCUGACUCGGCAAGUACGCUUCGGAUAGGCCUGGCAGAUUUACAACCCGACUGCUGGCUAAGGACUUUCCUUCCCUGCCAAAGACCCAGGAAUUUCCAGGCCCCCCCCCCAGACACUGCUGAUGCAGUGUAGAGCUGACAGCUGUAUGCAUAAGUUAGCUCUUAUUCUGGGAUGGGGAACCUGUGGCCCUCUAGAUGUUGUUGGACCACAUCUCCCAUCAGCCCUCUGUUAGCAUAGCCAAAAGUCAGGAGUGAUGGGAGUUGUAGUCUGUCAACAACUCAGGAACCACAGGUUCCUUCUGCCAUAGAUGUCCCCCGUCCCCUCACCACCAUUGGAGAAAGACCCCUGGGAUCUUGAUUUUAGAAACAUAGGAAGCUGCCUUAUACUGAGUCAGACCCUUGGUCCAUCUUACUCAGUAUUGUCUAGACUGACUGGCAGCAGGUCCCUGGGAUUUCGGAUGAGAAGUUUCUCCCAGCCCUACCUGGGGAUGCUGGGGAUUAAACCUGGGACCUUCUGCAUGCAAAGCAGAUGCUCUAACCACUGAACUACGACUUUGGUCCCAUCUGCAUUAUGCAUUUAAAGUAUCAUUAUACCACUUUAAACAGUCAUGGCUUCCCCUGAAGAAUCCUGGGAAGCGUAGUUUGUGAAGGUUGCCGAGAGUGGUUAGGAGACCUUUUUCCCUUCACAGAGCUACAAUUCCUAGAGUUCCCUGGGAAGAGGGAUUGAUUGUUAAACCACUCUGGGAAUUGUAGCUCUGUGCAGAGAAUAGGGGUCUCCUAACCACUCUCAGCACCCAUAAGAGGAAAACGGGUUUUUCCAGGGGGGUUUUCAGAAAAAAAUGGAAAUUUUUGGAAAAAUUGAAAAAAUGCAAUAUUAGCACAUUUUACAGAUUGAAAGUCACUUUGUUACUUCAGGAACAUAAAAUGUAAUUAUGUACAAGUUGGGUUGGCAUAAAAUUAUCACAUUUGGUAUAUUAAAAGUACAUUUUAUUCAAACAAUUAUUACAAAUUGAAUUUACUUUUUGAAAUUUUUACUUUUUUUUGUAACAAAUGGAUCUACAAGAUCCUGAACUGUAACGAACCUCUUUUGUUUUGCUAGUUUAUGAGGAGCAGGCAAAAAACAAUUAAAAAAAACACAGAAGAAACCAUCGAAGUUAAUAAGAAAGAAAAUUAUUUAUGUCUCCGCUAGUCCUCCACAAUGUCAAGCAUCCAUUCCCAUAAAAGGAACUGAGAAAAGGGGGGACCAGGAUUCAAUGAAACAUUUUAUUCAUCAUGCUAAAAUAAAAGAUUCCAUAAUCCA